AGUGCAGACUACACCAUCUAAAACAAGCUUGGUUUAUUUUUAGACUACAAGACCACACUGUAUGUGCCGCACGGGUUUCAUACAGUAAAAUAAUAACUCAAGCCCGCCAUACUAAACGACUGAGGACACAUCAUCCAGUCCGGACCAUGUUAUUCAGAUUCGGCGUCAUUCUCACUCCGGACUCAUCGGAUACAGAAGUCUUUGUUUUGGGUUCGCGUCCAGAAAUGGGCCAUUGGGACCCGAGCGGUGCGGUUCAGAUGACAGCCUCUCAGAAGUUCCCGUCACCAAAUGAACCGUGUCUAUGGAUCUGCGACGUGCAGCUGGCAGAGCCGUGUAAAGACACACUCUGGUUCAAGUUCAUCAAAAGAAUCAGAGGCAAUUUUAUCUGGGAAGGCAAUGGUCCACACCACGACAGAAGUUGUUCAUAUGAUAAGAGGAACAUGGUGGAUGGAGUGUACUGUCACCCAAUUGGUCACUGGAUAGAAGAAACGGGACACACAGAUGAGAUGAAACACACCACCAACUUUUAUUUUGGUGUGGCUGGUCAGAAGGCCAUACAUUUUUCCAGGGUGCUGCCACGGAUUUGGCUGGGCAGCUGCCCACGACAAGUGGAACAUGUGACGAUCAAGCUGAAGCAUGAAUUGGGCAUUACUGCAGUGAUGAACUUCCAGACAGAACAGGAUGUAGUGAACAACUCCCACGGCUGCAGGCGCAACCAAGGGGAAUCCAUGACCCCGGAGACCAUGAUUAAUUUGUACAAUGACAAUGGCUUGGCGUACGUGUGGAUACCCACACCUGACAUGAGCACUGAGGGACGCAUCAGGAUGCUUCCCCAGGCUGUAUUCCUGCUUCAUGGUCUCCUGGAAAAUGGUCACACAGUCUAUGUUCACUGUAAUGCUGGAGUGGGCAGGUCGACGGCAGCCGUGUGUGGCCUGCUUAUGUAUGUCCUUGGCUGGAGCCUGAGGAAAGUGCAGUACUUUGUCACAGCCAGGAGGCCAGCAGUGUACAUAGAUGAGGAAGCUUUAGUCCGAGCUCAGGCAGACUUCAUCCAGAAGUUUGGACAACUGCGAUCAUCCAUCUCUUACCCGGAGACAUGAUAGUUGAGUGUCCUUGUGAUGAAGUCUUACAAUUUGAAGCAGAAUUUACAGUUAUGGAGGGCCCCACUGGAGACUUUUGGAGACUAAAAUUAUUCCUGAAGCUGUGUGAAAAAAAUGUAUUGUAUAGUCAGCAUGAAAGAUGACAGGAGGUAAAAUAACAAGGCAAGAAAAUGUACUUCUUUCCAUGAAAAUCUAAUGUAUGUUCAGUAAAUGACCUACUUAUGCUGA